GGGGGUGGGGAGGAGCGGUCGACGCGCGUUAGGCAGGGAGCGUUACGGGGUCCUGGUUCCAACUGAGGUGGGGAGAGGGGGCUCGGCGGGCAGUGAAGAACGGGGAGGACUGUGUAGGCUAAGUACGCCAACGCGGGGAAGUGGGGCUUGCGGUGGAAGGGGCUGACUGCUGGGAAAGGAAUCCAGCGUAACCGUCCCUCUGGGGAAGGGGGCCAGUCCCCGACUCCCUGGCUCUUCCGCUCUCUGCUGUAACUUUGGGGUGUGGCGGGGGUUAGUGACGGCCGUUGACCCGGGAUCUGGGCGUGAAGGAGGCUUGUGGUCACGGUGGGGUUAUAGUCUUUCUCGCGGCCACUGGGGGAAUAAAACAAAUGUUUGUAAUCCGGAUUAUCCGCGGUGACUUGGGGCCUCCUCUACUGCCCAUUUAAAGUUAAAGGCCUGUUCUCUCAGACUUCCGCCCCUCUGAUCGUCCUUUGCCGUCUCUUUGCCAGCCAAGCCCAGCCAGGGGAGGGGUCAGGGCCACCAGGUGCCUGGUAAGGUUGAAAGACUGAGUGUGUAAGGCUGUGUUAAAGUGAGUCUGUGAGAGAAGGCAGGAUUUAGAGGAUUGCUUCCGUGUGAGUCUGGGGUGAGUCCCUGAGUCCCAGAGCCUCACCAUGUCAGGGAAACGGAAGCGUGUGGUGUUAACUAUUAAAGAUAAGCUUGAUAUAAUAAAGAAACUUGAAGACGGAGGUUCUUCCAAACAACUGGCAGUGAUUUAUGGAAUUGGCGAGACAACAGUUCGGGAUAUAAGAAAAAAUAAGGAAAAGAUUAUAACUUACGCAAGCAGUUCUGAUUCCACAAGUCUUCUGGCCAAGAGGAAAUCUAUGAAGCCAUCCAUGUAUGAGGAACUGGACAGAGCAAUGCUGGAAUGGUUCAACCAGCAAAGAGCAAAAGGGAAUCCCGUGUCUGGACCAAUUUGUGCAAAAAGGGCAGAGUUCUUCUUUUAUGCUUUGGGAAUGGAUGGUGAUUUUAACCCCUCUGCCGGUUGGUUAACACGUUUUAAGCAGCGGCACAGCAUUAGAGAGAUUAAUAUUAGAAACGAAAGAUUGAGUGGAGAUGAGACAGCUGUGGAAGAUUUUUGCAACAACUUUCGAGACUUUAUUGAACGAGAGAAUUUGCAACCGGAACAGAUCUACAAUGCAGAUGAAACUGGACUGUUUUGGAAAUGCUUGCCUUCCAGGACUUCAGUAAUCAAAGGUAAAUGCACAGCCCCUGGGCACAAGUCAAUUGAAGAAAGAGUCACUAUCAUGUGUUGUGCCAAUGCAACAGGUUUACACAAACUUAAGCUUUGUGUUGUGGGGAAAGCAAAGAAACCUCGCUCCUUCAAGUCAACUGACACCUCAAACCUGCCAGUCUCUUAUUUCAGCCAAAAAGGUGCAUGGAUGGAUCUUUCCAUUUUCCGACAAUGGUUUGAUAAGAUCUUUGUGCCACAAGUUCGCGAGCACUUAAGAUCCAAAGGCUUGCAAGAAAAGGCUGUGCUCUUGUUGGAUAAUUCACCAACACAUCCAAAUGAAAACGUCCUGAGGUCAGAUGAUGGCCAAAUAUUUGCUAAAUAUUUACCACCUAAUGUGGCUUCGUUGAUUCAGCCCUCAAAUCAGGGAGUCAUAGCUACAAUGAAGAGAAACUAUCGUGCAGGUCUUCUCCAGAACAACUUGGAAGAAGGCAAUGACCUGAGAUCAUUCUGGAAGAAACUAACUCUGCUAGAUGCACUUUAUGAAAUAGCAAUGGCAUGGAAUUUAGUAAAGCCAGUUACCAUUAGCAGAGCAUGGAAGAAGAUUCUCCCUACCAUAGAGGAAAAAGAAAGCCUGGACUUUGAUGAAGAAGAUAUCUCAGUGGCUGCUGUGGCUACCAUUUUACAACACACCAAAGGAUUGGAAAAUGUGACUCCUGAGAACAUUGAAAAAUGGCUUGAAGUGGACAGUACUGAACCAGGCUAUGAAGUCUUAACUGACAGUGAAAUCAUCAGAAGAGCACAAGGCCAGACAGACGAAUCCAGUGAAAAUGAGGAGGAGGAAAUAGAACUGAUUCCAGAGAAACAUAUUAAUCAUGCAGCUGCUCUCCAAUGGACUGAAAAUUUAUUGGAUUAUCUAGAACAACAAGGUGAUAUGAUUCUGCCUGAUAGACUGGUGAUACGUAAACUUCGAGCCACCAUCAGAAAUAAGCAGAAGAUGACAAACUCAAGUUAGUAAUGGCAUAUCAGCAUUACCAUUGUUUUGGUAAUUGUGUAACUCUUGACCUCUGCAAUAUGGCUUAAUUUUCUUUGUGUUCUGAAUUCUCAGACACAGCCCUGUGAAAUACAGAUACGAAAAAUGUAUCUGAAGUGGUUUGAGGAUUAUGUGUUUUGCAGCAUCUGUCUCUUGUCCCUUUAUCUGUGUUGAUAAUCAGAAGUUGAUUCUGUAUAGGUAUAAAUUACACAUAACGUAUGUAUUCACUUUUGUAGAUCUACAAAUAUCCCUUCCAUGACAGUGGCAUUCCAUAAAUUUUCUAGCAGAAGUUACAGGUAACAGUGAACAGAUUGAGCACUUUCCUGAAAUCUUUUGUUUGAUUUGUGAGGGCUGCCGCAGUAAUCUUUCUUUGUGCUAACCAUCUUAAGUGGUUGUUUGUUUUGUAUAUUUGUAUACACUGAUGGAAUGAGAAAUAUCUAUAUUGUUAGAUUUCAGGGUGAUCUAUAAUAAUUCAAAAUGAAGUUCAAAAUGAAGGGGAAACUGAUCUAUGAAUUAAUAAAAUAACUUAGAAAUCAUGCUUUUCUUACAUUUGUUUGGGGGGGACUUUUUUCUGGAAGUAAAGUAAAUAUAGGAAGUGAUUGCUAAAUUAGAAAACUAUUGGAAAGCUUAUAUAUAAGAUAUUCUGACCUAUUUGUAGAAACUGGGAGUUGAAAAUUUGGGGAACGUUAGGUUAUUUGUACGAAGGGAAUAAAUAGGCUCGUUUUAAUUGGGUCUUUUUUAAAAUUAUAUUAUUAAUUGGAUAACAGUAUAGGUUUAUUAUUUAUUCAUCUAAUUAUAGUACAGGUUUUAUAAUGUUACAUGUGGUGAUGUGAGCUCCCACCCUAUAUGUGAGGGAAUAUCUUGGGUAUUUGAAAGUUUUCUUUUUUUUUUUUUUUUUUACUAUGCACUUGAAAAUGUCUAAAAUUUGAAAAAGUUCGUCAUACCUUCUCCUUUUAUUUGAUAUGAAAAGAAGAAAUGAAUAAAGUUUUUAUUUUUAAUAAGCUGUAAAUUAUCUGUUUUAUGAAGAAAGCAAAAAUAAUUAUGGAAAGUGCUAGAUUCUAAGGAAUUUCAUCAUUUAUUAUUUUGACAUUUGUAAAAAGGUAUUACUGAAUUCGUUUGUCAGAAUUUUGAUAAACUUGCUUAACAAUGUAGGUUUAUUCAAGACAUGGAAAAGAUUUUACCUAUAUGAAUAUUAAUUUCGUUUGUAACUUAAAAGCAAAGUGUCUGCAUAUUAUUUCAUAUUUUGGCCCUAAAUUAAAAAAAAAAAAGAAUUCUCUAUCAGUCAUUUUUGAAAGGUUUAACUUUUUCAUUGAAAUACUUUGCAUUUUAUAAUGACUUUCUUAGAACUCUAAAGCUUCAAAAAUACUUGUAGCUUUCCAUAAUUUCUGUUCUCUUCAUGAUAUAUGUCUAGGUUUUUUAGACUUAUCUGUGACCAGAACUGCUUAAAAAUUGUAUUUGUUGCAUGAAUUGCCUCAGACGUUAACAUACAUAUUGAAUCAGAUAAUUACACAUUUUGCUAUAAAUUAAAUUGUAUAUAAAAAUUUUUUCAUUUUUCUAAAAUGAAAAUAUGUACUAAAAAGCUUCUUGGAAUUUCUGUCUGGAUUUGCUCACUGUUUUAAAAUUAACCUUGUCAGUGAAAUUCAGCUGUAUCAUUGCCACCUAGUGGUAAAAUUAACGUUACUGUUAAGCUGUGUGGUUUUAAACUUUAAUAUCUAGUAAAAGGUUCACUGUUUUGUGGCCUUGAGUGUGAAUCUUGUGACUCUUUCUCUAUCCUGUGAGAG